UCAUGUUGAUAUGGUUGAUUUAGGGGCAUAUGAUGAGGAAGAGGCUGCUGCUCACACUUAUGAUCUCGCUGCUCUUAAGUAUUGGGGUCCGGAAACAACACUGAAUUUUCCGCCGGAAAUGUACAAAAUCGAGAUGGAAGAAAUGCAAAAAAUGUCUAAGGAAGAAUACUUAGCCGUGUUAAGAAGGAACAGUAGUGGAUUUUCUCGAGGCGUUUCAAAAUUCCGAGGUGUAGCAAGACAUCAUCACAAUGGAAGGUGGGAGGCACGGAUUGGACGAGUCAAUGGUAACAAAUACAUAUAUCUAGGAACUUUCGGCACCCAAGAGGAUGCAGCCAGAGCAUAUGACAAAGCAGCCAUAAUGUAUCGAGGAGAAAAUGCUGUAACCAACUUUGAUAUUAGCAAUUAUACUAACGACUUCGAUGAUUCCUCACAAACUGAACAAGCUCCAUCAAAUGCUGAACAGAGUGAGAACAAUUAUGAUGACGGCAUAAGAUCUGAACAACAAGAACAACAACAAAACGAAGAAGAAGUUGCUCAUGAAGUUAAAGAGGAGAUGUUUCCUGAAACACAUUUUGCAUCUUCAGUUGAUGAAGACCACCCUUGGAGACAUUUUAUGGAUCCAGAACAUAUAUCUCAUCUUCCAUUUGAUGAGUCAAGUGAACGAAUGGACUUGCUUUAUGAUUAUGGCUUUGAGGCUAACCUUGACUCCAUUUUCAAUGACCCCAUUGUCAAUGGGAGUGGUUGCAUGACUUUGCCAGAAUCUUCUUUCAUGUACUCCACAUCCUCAAUGAUGAACCCCGUUUCUGGCCCUUUGGUUUAGACCUCUGAUCGAUUUAGGAUGAGUUUUGGAGUAAGAUAUUGGUAUUAGAAAAGUUUUUAUGUAUUAUUUCUUUGUUUCGGACUAUAGUAGGCCUGCUUAUUUUUUUAGUUCGUCAUAUACUUAGAGGAGCACAAAGAUGGUGUCCAUCUUGUAGUCUUUUUUCUUUCUUUGUCAAAAAAACAUGCUUUUUCUAGCUUAUGAAAUCAAUGACAAAAAAAUUGUACAUAGAAAAUUGAUAAGGACUUUCUUCCCUAUGUCUUCUUUUGUUUGCAUGGUUCUCACAUGCUUUCUUGUAAGAUGGCUACACUACAAGAAACUGCCGCUUUAGUCACCACAUGUUGUAGCUGUUG